AUGACCAUGGAACGGACGCCAUCGCACGCGACCGACAAGGAGGCCGUCGACCAGACCGACCUCCAGAGCGUGGAACUGCCCAAGGGCGUCACCCAGGCCGAGGCGGAUAUCUACGACGAGGCGCUGGCCAAGUAUGGUGUCGACGGCGACAUUGACCCUGUGCUGGAGAAGCGCGUGCGGCGUAAGCUCGACAUGCGCAUCAUCCCUAUUCUCGGCGUGUGUUAUUUCUUCUACUAUGUCGACAAGACCACCCUCUCAUACGCAGCCAUCUUCGGGAUCAAGGAGGACCUCAACCUCCACAAGACCGACUACAACUGGCUCUCGUCCAUCUUCUACUUCGGCUGGUUGGUGUGGGCCAUCCCAUCCAACCUGUUGAUGCAGCGUUCGCCGCCCGCCUACUACCUCGGCUUCAACAUCUGCAUGUGGGGCGUCUUGCUCAUGUGCCAAACUGCCGUAACAAACUUUGCUGGACUGGCCGCUCUCCGCGUAUUGGGAGGAGCAUUCGAGGCGAUUGCCGACCCGGCAUUCAUGCUGUUUACGACCAUGUUCUACCGUCGCGAGGAACAGCCAUCCCGUAUUUCGGCUUGGUAUGUGUGGAACGGCGUCGGUGUCGCUGGCGGCGGUUUGAUCGGCUACGGUAUCGGUCACAUCAGGGGCUCAAUCGCUAGUUGGCGUCUUGAGUUCUUGAUCGUUGGCGCAUUCUGCCUCCUUUGGGGUGUGGUCAUUGCUUUCCUCCUCCCAAACACGGUGGCUAGCUUCCGCGGCUUUACGCAUGAGGAGAAACUCGUCAUGAUCGCCCGUGUCGCAGGUAACCAGACCGGUCGCCAGCACCGGAGCAUCGACAUCAACCAGAUCAAGGAGGCCUUCUUCGACUACAAGACCUGGCUGUUCAUGCUUCUGGGUCUCGUCGCCAAUGUCCCUAACGGUGGUCUGUCCAACUUCUCCACUCUUGUCAUCAAGGGUCUCGGGUUCGACACCCUCGAGACGGCGCUCCUCGGUAUUCCCCAGGGAGCGCUUGUGGUUAUUUGGAUCUCGCUGGGAGCAUGGAUGAACUCGCGCCUUCCCAAGAACAGCCGCACUCUCGUCUGUGCCCUCUUCAUGCUCCCCACUAUUGCCGGUGCGCUCGGUUUCCUCCUCGCUCCCGAGAAGGCCUACGUCGGCCGCCUCAUCUGCUUCUACCUCACCGGAUCGUACCAGGCCUCCUUUGUCCUGUCCCUCUCACUCAUCACGUCCAACACCGGCGGCCAGACCAAGCUCAUGAUCACCAGCGGCAUGAUCUGGUUCGGCGCGUGCAUCGGUAACAUUGUCGGCCCCUUCUUCUACAAGACCGAACAGGCGCCCAAGUACCAGCUCGGCAUUGGAUCGCUCCUCGUCGCCAACUGCAUCGAGCUCGCACUCUUCGUCGUGCUCCGCUACGCCUUCAUCUGGGAGAACAAGAAGAAGGCCAAGCAGCGCGAGGCACUCCGCUUGGCUGGGGGCGACGAGAUGCAGUCGCAGGCCACCACGGCCUUCACCGUCGGUCUCACGGACAAGACCAACCCCAACUUUGAGUAUGUCUACUAG